GGGGGCUGAAGGGGCGAGGGGGGCCUCCGCCUGUUGGUCUGCUCAGGGGAGGAGAGAGGAAAUGCGGCAUGUUCGUUUGUUUGUAUUUUAUUCAUUUAUUGCAUUUGCUCCCCGCAGAAAAACAACCCUGUUGUUGUUAUUUAUGAAAUUUGUAUACCGACCCUUCGUCCUUAGAUCUCAGGAGGGUUCACAGCAUAAAAUGAGAAGACAAGAAUACACGAUGGAGCAAAAAUAACCCACAGGCACAUUGAAAGAGCCAUCGGACUCUUUAACCAAACGCCCCGUGGAGCAGAAUCGGGUUUUUCUGCCUGGCGCCUAAAGGUGCCCAAUGGAGGGAGAGCACAAUCCAGAGGCCUGUUGAGAGGAGGCAGGGAGGGUCCGCACCCCCCACCAAUGGCGGGUUUGAACCCUGGCCUCUCCCAGGUCUCGUCAAACACUCCAGCCACUAUCCUCAUCAUUAUUCAUAUUACAGUAUUUAUUACAUUUCUAUACCACCUUUUGUCUGAGAAUCACAGGGCUGUUUACCAUAUAAAAAAACACAAAGCUACAUAACAGAUUAACAAAACAAUAACUCAACCAUCACCACACACACACAGUUUAAAAUGCCAUAGCUUGUUUAAUUAGCCAAAGGAGAGAAGAGAAAUGUUUUUGCCUGGCACCAAUGGCACACUGGAUCUGGAUCGGAUUUUGGGGCUUGGAUUGCCACCUCCUGUUUUUCUGGUGUUGCCUAUGUUCUGUCAGCAGCCGCCUAAGCACAAAAGCACGGAGAAAGUUCAAGGUGGUGAAGCUUUUCUUUCUUUCUUUGGCAUGGAGUUGAGUGGCAAGUAAAACAUUUCUUCCCACUGAACUCUUCUGAGUGUUAAUGGUCCUGUUUAAAAAGCACAGGAGCAUGAGCUGUUUUUAAAUCUUGACAACAGUGAAUUCCUGCAGCUUGCCAUGGUCCUGCUUUGAUAUUUGUUUUUAUUUAUCACCUACAGCACAUUCCUCCUGUGAAGAUGUGUGUGUAUAUUGCAUAAGAGCUGCUUAAUUUGUGUGGUGCCUGGGUUUCACAGGUAUGUGUGUGUGGUUGAUCACAGGGGCUAGAUUUGGAAUGAAUGUGAACUUUUAAUGCUCUUUUUAAAGGAGUGGUUAAAAUUAGGGAGAGUGACUGCUUUUUGUCAGUCCUGGCAGGGCAAGGAUUUGAUUUCUAAAAGAAAAGAGAGUUGUCAGUAAACACUUCAGCUGCUUAAUGUCUGUAAGUUAGGCAGCUGUUAGAGGCACCAGGAGCAGGGGCCAGUUAAGAAAAUAAAUAAAUAAAUAAAUGGGACUCAUAGAUGGGCUCCAGCUAGCUUUUCAGCAGGGGGCCGGAUUAUAUUUUGCAAAAAAAAUGAACGAAUUCCUAUGCCCCACAAAUAACCCAGAGAAGCAUUUAAAAUAAAAGGACACAUUCUACUCAUGUAAAAACAUGCUGAUUCCCAGAUCGUCUGCAGGCAGGAUUUAGAAGGCGAUUGGGCCACAGCCGGCCCCCGGCCUUAGUUUGGGGACCCCUGAGCUGGCCAGUCCACUCUCAAGCUUCAUAAUUAUUCCUCAUAAUCCUAAAUGUGGUGAGGGCAGUUACUUAGUAGUGUGGGAAAUAUAGUUUGUGCAUGUUUAGAAAUCCUGUCGCCUUGAUUUCUUCAUCUGAUCAGAUUGGAGGCCUGAUGUUGGGAAAGAGGUUCUGGCUCAGAUUAAGCCUUGUGGCACUCUUCAUGUGCACCACAAUGGUCAAAAAGCUAGAGUGUUUGGUUUGCAUCUAAGAGAUGUGAGCUCAUGUUUCUUUUCAGACAUGAUUAUACAGUGUUGCAUUGGGCAAGUAGCUUUUUCUCAGUUUUCUGUUUAUACUAACCUAUCUUACAGGGCUUUUGUUGGGAAAGCAGACUAUGAAUAACAACCCUUGCUACUAUCCCAGAAGCUAGAGGAUGCUCUCCUCUUUGCCGCCACUGCAUUAUGACAUCAUCAACCACAUAUAAGAGCUGCUGCUUGCCUUCUUUGAAACAUAGCUUCAUCUUCCAGCAUUCUGAAAGCAUUAGGAGAUAGAUCAGGAACUUCUGGUUUGUGGCGUAGCGCUGUACAAUGGCUAAGAGAGUAGCAGAAAAGGAGCUGACUGACAGGAACUGGGAUCAAGAAGAAGAAACUGAGGAGGUGGGAACAUUCUCAGUGGCCAGUGAAGAGGUUUUGAAGAACAGAGCAAUUAAGAAGGCAAAGCGUAGAAAUGUGGGGCUUGAGUCUGAGAGUGGUGGAGCUUUUAAAGGUUUUAAAGGUUUCGUUUUACCGUCUGGAGGUGGAGGAUUUUCUGGCUUUGGCAAUGGCACCGGAACAAAGCCUUUAGGGGGACUGUCCAAUGGUGGCGGCAGCAUUGCAAAUAGUUCAUCGUUCACCAAUUUAAAGACUGCUGCUGAAACAACAACUACAUUCAGUUCUGUGGUGUCCAGUGGUUCAGUGAAUAAUACUGUAAUUGAGAAAAAGCCUGUAAGUGUGGAAGCAAAUGGUGAGAGCCAGCAGCCAUUGUCCUCUGGAUUCACUGAGAAGAAAGCAUGCAGCCCCGAUGCUUAUCAUAAACAGUUAGCUGCUCUAAAUUGUUCGGUCCGUGACUGGAUAGUAAAACAUGUAAAUGCCAACCCGCUCUGUGACCUGUCGCCGAUUUUCCGAGACUAUGAGAAAUAUUUAGCUGAGAUAGAGCAACACGGAACGAGUAGUGACAGCGGCUCUGAAAGCGACAGUAACAAGACAGUUGGAACUCAGCCCGGGUCUGCAUUGGGGAGUCCGAACCUUCAGCAGAGUUCAACGUUUUUCUUCAAUAGCAACAAAUCUGAGAAUGCACCAGGAAAGAAAACAGAAACGGAAAAGAAAACGGAACCAAAACUAGGGUCCACAUCAACUGUCUCCUUUACUUUUAGCAAGAGCGUAGACAACUCGGGUCUGAAUUCUGGUGCAUUACCUAGUUUCUCAUUCUCUCCAGGAAGUGCAAGUUUAUUUGGAAAAGAUACAAGCCAAGGCAAGGUUGCUUCUUCAUUUUCCAGCAAAGCACUAGAUAUUCCGACAGAAAGUGGUGGCAGUGAAGAGAAAGGGGGUGAUGAAGAAGAUGAGGAGCCACCAAAAGCAGUAGUGAAUGAAAUAAAGGAAGAUGAUGCCUUCUACUCGAAGAAGUGCAAAGUUUUUUACAAGAAAGAUAAUGAAUUUAAAGAAAAAGGUAUAGGAACGCUACACUUAAAACAUGCAGGAGAUCAGAAGAUUCAGCUAUUAGUACGGGCAGAUACCAACUUAGGCAACAUAUUGCUGAACAUUUUGGUGCCUCCUAAGAUGCCAUGCUCCAGAACAGGGAAGAACAACGUGCUCAUUGUCUGUGUUCCAAAUCCACCCAUUGAUGAAAAGAAUGCUACUGUCCCUGUUCCUAUAUUGAUAAGAGUGAAAACAAGUGAGGAUGCAGAUGAGUUGCACAAAAUUAUACUGGAGAAGAAGGAGGACGCCAUCUGAAAGGCUAAACAAGGAUUGGGACUUGCCUUUUAUCAUUUUUCACACGUCCAUGUGCUAGCUGUAGUUCUUUCUAAGGAAAUGUAUAAAAAUCAAUGGAAAUGUGAAUAAACAAAUGGGAUGUGUGAACUCCAA